AAAAAAGAAAAAGCAAGAACAAUCAUGUUUUAGUUUUUGAGGUAACUCCAAAAGUAUUUAUAAACUUUUGAUUUGAUUAGAGAGAGAGAAGUCAAAAUAGUUUAGAGGUCAAUUUCAACAAGCCUAAAACGCAUUCGAAUUCCGAACUGAGCCAUCUCUCUUCGUCUCUUUCGAGGUCAGCCACCCUAUAUCUCUGGAUUGUUUUUUCUUUUUGAAAAACUAUAUCUCGGAAUUUUGUGUUGUCUAUAAUGGGUUUUGUUUAAUUCCCCCUUCCCAAUAAAAUAGCAUAUUUUCAUUUGUAUAAAAAUUUUCCCAUGUGAAGAUCAGUCCUUUUUUGGAAUUGAAUUCUGGGAUUUUAAGCUCCGAGCAUUUUCACUCUGUCAUAUCAUAAAGGAUUCUUUAUAUUGUUAGGUCUUGAACUACAUUUCUAUAGCUCUACUUGGAGAGAUAUUCUGUUGUGGCCUGUACAGAGGCUGUGGAUUGAAAAUGAGAGCAGUAGCUCGACCUUUUCGCCAUUUUCAAUCAAUUUUUAGGCCUCAAAGAAAUAGGUACUCCAGUAGUUUACCUUGCUAUAGAGGGCAGCUGAUUGAUCUACAUUCUAGGUCUACUUACACUUUCACCAAAGAUGCACAAACUUAUCCAUUUCAAGACCCCACUUUUAUGUUAUCAAGAACUCUGUCAACAGAGGUUGUCAAAGUUACAAAUGGAGAUAGAGCAGGCCCUCUUGUAGAGUAUGAAAGAAGAAUUGCCUCAGGUGAACUUGUUGAUGGUGACUUGUGCCAGCUAGGCACAUUAAGAGAGCUUCAGAGGCUCUACGAUGAGCUUGUUGAUUCAGCUGAUGUCUGUCGAUUGGAUAGAUACACAGCUUCCGAGAAAGUUGGAAGGAGUAGGUGGCUAUGGUCUCGUUUCAUGCCACAGUCUUCAUACUCCCCCGUUAAGGGUCUUUAUCUCUAUGGAGGAGUGGGAACUGGAAAAACUAUGUUGAUGGACUUGUUUUAUGACCAAUUGCCAUGCAAUUGGAGGAAGAAACGGAUUCAUUUCCAUGAUUUCAUGCUGAAUGUGCAUACCCGUUUGCAAAAGCACAGAGGUGUGGCAGAUCCACUUGAAGUUGUUUCAGCAGAGAUUUCUGAUGAAGCUAUUUUACUAUGUCUGGAUGAAUUCAUGGUGACUGAUGUUGCUGAUGCCUUAAUUCUAAAUCGUCUCUUUAAACAUUUAUUCAGCGAUGGUGUUAUUCUUGUUGCCACAUCAAAUCGUGCUCCAGACAACCUGUACGAAGGUGGAUUACAACGAGAUCUUUUCCUACCAUUUAUUUCCACUCUGAAGGAAAGAUGCAUUGUCCAUCAAAUUGGUUCGUCUGUAGACUAUCGGAAAUUGACUUCGUCUCAGCAAGGUUUCUACUUUGUUGGUAAAGAUUUAUCUGAUUUCCUUAAGCAAAGAUUUGAAGAAUUAAUUGGCAAACACAAGGCUGGUCCACAAGAGGUGGAAGUAGUAAUGGGAAGAACAUUACAGGUUCCACUAGCUGCUGAUGGAUGUGCUUUAUUUACUUUCGAGGAACUUUGCGAGAGACCUCUUGGAGCUGCAGAUUAUUUUGGAUUAUUCAAGAAAUUUCAUACUCUGGCAUUGGAUGGUGUCCCAAUUUUCGGUCUGUACAAUAGACCAGCUGCAUUUCGGUUUGUCACUUUGGUUGAUGUUAUGUAUGAGAACAAAGGCAGACUUUUAUGUACAGCAGAGGGGACCCCAUUACAACUUUUUGAGAGAAUUGUGACGAUUUCUGAUGCUCAAAAUAUUGCACCUAGAACCUCUUCGAGGUCAAGAAGGAAUGACGAUUCUGAUCUUUGUGUCGACAAUGAAUUGGGUUUUGCUAAAGAUCGCAUAAUCAGCAGAUUAACAGAGAUGAAUAGCAAGGAAUACUUGGAACAACAUUCGGCCAUGUUAUCGAAGAAGUCGUCGUUGAGGGAAGUUGCCAACUAGGGAUCAAUUGCUACAACUGCUGCACAGCUCAUGAAAUCGAACAGUGUUUUACAAAAAGAAAGAAAGAUACAAAAAAGUUGCCAUUGUUGGUAAAAUCAAAUGGUUUAUAGCAGUAAGGUUUUAGAAAGGUUUACCUCAUUGAAUAUUGGUUCCCCUUACUUGAUUGUACUAAAUAAGAUGCAAUAAUCUUAUUCUUCUUGAAAUCAAUAAUGUCUCUAAAUUAAACUGCAAAAUAUGUAAGCUUGUGAAUGUAACAAACGGCUAUUGCAGUCAUUAAUAUAUAUAUUUUUAAUAUAUAUUUUAUAUAAUAAACAUUAAGCAAAGUUAUAUAUAUUUUUAACAAACGAUUGUGUUAUUUAUUUUUUUAAUAUAUAUUUUAUAUAAUAAACAUUAAGCAAAGUUAUAUAGUAAAAGAAAAAUAAAAAACAAUAAGAUGAGAGAUGCAUUUUUUAUUUGUUUUUACUAAUUAUCGAAGGAAAGGCAUAGCAUAAAGUUUUUAGUAAAAAAUACUUGACAUACAUAGUAGGGCUUAUUUUCGGUGGGAAAAAUUGAUAAAAGGUUAAAUUUAAAGGUGACAAAUAUUACACAAGAUGGGGAAUUUCUUCUGUUAAAAAAAAAAAAAAUUCAUUGUCUAUUCUACAAGUAUUGCUUAGCUAAUCCAUGUGUCUUUAUUGCCUUAAUAUUGUGCGAAUCAAGUUUGAGUGGUGCUUUAACUAUUUUGGACCAUGUGUCUUGCAAAAGUUAUCGAAUGGAACAUCUGUUUUAUUAAAUGACAAAAUAGAUCCUAUAUUUUCUAAAAUGGUAAAAAUAGGACUCUGAGCUCAAUUUUCAAUAAUUUUUUUUUUUAAUAUAACCAACUUUAAGACAAUUUUUAACACGAACAGAUACAUAAAAUAUAAUCAGUUUUGUCAUAACAUCUCUUGAUCGGAUUAUUAUUAAGUUUUAUUUUGACAAAAAAUCAGUUCAGGGUCUUAUUUGUACAAUUUUGAAAAAUACAGGGUCCAUUUUAUCACUUAACAAAACAGAUGGUCCAAUUAGUAACUUUUACAAAAUACAAAAUCUAAAAUGUUAUUUACUCUUAUAAAAAAUAAGUAUAUUCUUGUAUUAAUCGGUCAAAAUCAUUACAAUGAUUGAAAAAUAGAAAGAAAAACGAAAUAACAUUGUAAUAAGGCAGUAGAUAUAUCAUAGGCAAAAAUGAAAAGAAAAGAAAAAGUUAGUUGACUGCGGGAGCGGGUGCGGGUGCAGGAGUUAAAUGUGAGAAUUGGAAUGGAAUAUGACGUUGACGAUAAUGUUGUUGUUGUCGACAUCGAUCGACAGUUUCGCAACCCCUAUUGUAAUGGUUAGCAAUUUCCUUAAACAUUUUGCAAGAUUCGUAAUCAUGCUUUAUGCAACACCUAUGGAAUUCAUCUUGUUCUAUUGCUCCAUAAUCAAUUUCCUUCAUCUUUCUACUUGCUUCUGAUCCAACUAUCAUAAUUACCAUCAUCAUCAUAACCGCAAUAAUAUUAUUUCUCAUCAUCAGAUAUCUACGUAUCUUUCAACAAGAAAAGUACGUAUUUAUUAUUAUCAAUAUUACUAUAGCUCCUUCAAUUGAAUUAAAUCUAAUUGAUUCAAUUAAACGAGCUAUUGUAACGGGGAUAUUCUAUGAGAUAUC